UGGUACGGUGGUGUUGAUUUUAUUUCGUUAAGAAAACUAUUUUCCAAUAAACAUGGUUAUUUUGUGAUAUUGAUUUAUUUCGCAAAGAUGCCAAAUAGGCAUUAUUGUGGACCAAGAGAGGUAAUAAAAAUGGGAGACUGCAGUCUAAGUCAUUUUCGGAGUCCUAAGAAUGAAGAGAAAUAUUGUAAAUAUUCUUAUUCUUCGUGGUGUUCUACUUGUGAAAAGAAUUCACCCAGAAGACGUUCUAGAAGUGAAACCAAUGAACCUUGUAGAAGGAGGUGUAAAGAAAUGAAGACGUUUUCUAAAAAGUACAACCGUAGUCAGGAAUACGAAAAUAUGGAAUUUGAAUACGAAACUAAAGAUCAAUGGCAAGAAAAAGAUAUACGAUAUGAAUGCUGUAGAGUUAGAUCAAACUUAUGUGAGUUGCCUACUUCCUAUAUAUCAAAUAAUUGUCAAAUAUCUAUUUUGACAAAUCUUCCAAAAAUGUCAAAUGAGACAAAUGAUUUUGUGGACUGUCUUAAAAGUGCCACAUCUUAUGAACGAACAUUAAAAUUUGUAGAUUUCGAUAAUAAGUUAGAAAAUUUAGGAAGUAUGCAAGAGAAAUCAAAGGUAGACACUUAUAAUAUAAUAAGUGCAAGUAAAUUAGAUUAUAUAAAGAACGGAAAGAAAAUUGAUGCAAAAAGUCCACUAAAAAAUGGAUAUUCUUCAUCAAAAGGAUAUAUUAAAAAUUUUAAUGAGCCUUUAAGUUUCAGUCAUAACGAUUUAUUGAAAGACAAUCAUAUUGAUUAUAGAAAUGCAAAUAUAAGGAAUGAUGAAACAUCAAAAAAUUGUCGAGAAUGUUGCACAUUAAUUGAUUUAAAAUUACAUGAUUUAUCAGAUCAUAGGCCAGUAUGUUAUGACACAGGUACUUAUUUUGAUAGAAGAAAUGAUUCAGUAAAUUUGCACGAACGUUAUAGUAAAGAAGUGGAAUAUUUAAGGGAAAAGUUGAAACUGCUCAAAAAUAGAACUUGUACAGUUCGUGAUAAGUCGCCCAUAAUUAUAGAAAAAUUAUACAAUUUAAAAGCAGAUGAGAUGCCAGAUGAAGUGGUUUCGAGCUCAACAGACAUUAAAUUGAAAACAAAAAAGGAAAGAAAAGUCAUAUCCCCUCCAUUAGUAAAAAACAUUAGGUCUAGAGUUGCCCUUAAAACCCGAACUAAAUCCUCAAAAGUAAAAAAAGUCAAACAUAAACCUCCGAACAGUGUUACUUCUAGUUCUGAUUUUAAUGAAAGUGAUUAUAGUGGUACGGAUAGUGAAAAUGAAGUUACUGUGGAUGAAGAACUUAAUAGUAUAAGUGAAUCUUUAACUGAUGAAAGUAAUAGAGAACCUUCUGGUGUUAGUGCUCCUCUUCCACGUGAUUCAGGUUCUGGUGAUUCCUUAAGUUGGCCAAUUAGACCUAGUUUAUUUCCAAACAUUCCACCGUACAUCCACUUCAAUACGCACGACUCUGAGAUAGAAUUCAAAGUUCCGAAUGGAAGGAAGUUUUUCAAAUGGAAACUUAGCACCAUUACUCCGGUAGUAGUUAGAAAAACCUUAACAAAUUCAGGGUUCACACUGGUUAGAAGUGAGUUUACUAGAGAAUCUAACCAAUGGCUUGGUACGUGGGGGAAACACAUGAAAUCCCCCAUGUUCAAAACUUUGAAGGAAACCCAAAAACUAAAUCACUUUCCUGGUACUUUUCAGUUAGGAAGAAAGGAUAGGCUGUGGAGAAACUUCCAAAAGAUGAUAAAUAAAUUUGGUCACAAAGAGUUUGGUUUUUUACCUCAUACAUAUGUUCUACCUCAGGAGUUGAAAUUGUUAAAACAGAAUUGGGAAUUCAAGAAUGGAAAUGGUGGUGAGAUGUGGAUAAUUAAACCUCCGGCUUCUGCGAGGGGGGUUGGCAUUAAAGUGAUAAACAAAUGGUCACAGCUACCAAAGAAAACUUCAUUAGUUGUACAAAAAUAUAUUUCCAAUCCCUACCUCAUAAAUGGCAGCAAGUUCGACUUGAGGCUGUAUGUUUUAGUAACCAGUUUUAAUCCAUUGCGAAUAUAUCUGUACCCCGACGGGUUAGCCAGAUUUGCUAGUGCCAAAUACAGUGAUGACGCUAAAGAUUUGAAGGACAGGUACAUGCAUCUGACGAAUUAUAGUAUAAAUAAGUUAUCCAGUCAGUAUACUGCCAAUGAGGAUGCCAAUGCCUGCCAGGGCCACAAAUGGACGGUAUCCAAAUUAAUGGAAUAUCUCGAGGACACUGGAGUCGAUACCAAAGCCUUGUGGAAGAAUUUAGAACAAUUAGUUAUUAAAACAAUAAUCGCUUGCGAAGACCCUAUUACACAAUUAUGUGAAGAAAAUAUGAAUAACCAUUAUAAUUGUUACGAACUUUUCGGAGUCGAUGUACUCUUAGAUUCAAAAUUGAAGCCUUGGUUGUUGGAGGUUAACAUAUCGCCCAGCCUCCAUAGCGCUUCUCCAUUAGAUGCUCACGUUAAAGGUCCCUUAGUAAAAAAUUUGUUCGACAUGGCGCAGUUCCAUCUCCCACCAAAGCUAGGUCAAACAGUACAGCAGUCCCCGCAGUGUUUCGAACCAAAACUUUACACCAUAAAUUUGACUAAGAAGGAGAAGCACAAACACAUUUCUUUCUCUCAGUUUGAACACCGCGAUGACUAUUUAUACGACAUAUUAAGAGACUUGACGGGAGACGACGUUAGACAUUUGGUAAGGGCCGAAGACGAGUACGUUGUGAGGGGGAAAUUUGAAAGGAUAUUUCCUAGUGCACACACUUACAAGUACCUGAACUUUAUGGAGACGAGGUAUUACAACAGGCUGUUCGACGCUUGGGAGACGAAGUACGCUGGUAGAAGAGAAGAUGGAAUUACGCUUCUGCAAACAUUGUGUGCACAAAAAGUUCACCUCAAAGUAGCCCCUCCAAGCACCCUACACAAGAAUUCGCAGAGUAUGAUCCCUUCGGAUAUGAAUGUGCUACAGUCCAAGGAGGGUCUGAAUCACCAUCUAGAAGAAAUCAUGCAAAAAGCGUCCAUCAUAAAUGACAUAUCGACUACCAAUUAGCCGAGAUACCAAUGUUGUGAUGAGCGAAAAAGGUACACAAAUAUCAAUGGAUCUCUAUAAAUUAAAAAGAACACCAGCAAAUUGACUGCCAUCAACUGAAAUAUACCUUUAUUUUAAUUUCAAACAAAAAAAAUUCUUCUUUAAGUUUCAUUUAAAUUAAAAUGUAUGUAACUUUAAUUUUAUUAAAUUUCAGUAUAG